AUGAGUGACUCCGCCCAAUUUCACUUUGUAAUGUGCUUUUAUAAAGUGAUCUCUAAAGUGCUUGCAAAUAGGCUAAAGAUGGUGCUUCCCCAUAUUAUCUCUGAGAAUCAAUCAGCCUUUAUCUCUGGUCGCCUUAUCUCUGAUAUUAUCAUGAUUUCUUUUGAGGUCAUGCAACAUCUCAAAUGCAAGAGAAAAGGUAAAAAUGGGUAUAUGGCAUUGAAACUUGACUGGGGCUUUCUUCGAGCCAUGUUGCUUCGUAUGGGCUUUGCUAGUCGAUUUGUAGAUUUGGUUUUUCUCACUGUUAUAACUGUGGAGUACAAUGUGGUUCAUGGUGGUAAAAGUCUGAAGGCAAUUAUUCCACAACGAGGUAUCCGCCAAGGGGAUCCCUUGUCUCCGUAUCUAGUUCUAAUUUGUGCAGAAGGAUUCUCAUCUUUGUUGAAACAAUUUGAGAGACUCAGUCAUCUAAAAGGUUGUAAAAUGGCUAAUAGGGCUCUUAUUAUUUCACAUAUGCUAUUUGUCGAUGAUAGCUAUAUCUACUGUCAUGCUAAGGGAGGCGUCUAA